UCUCCUCUCCUUCGUUCCUUCCCUUUUCCCCUUCUCUCCUCUCUCCCUCCCACUUAUCCCUUUUCCGGCCAUGUUGUCCACUUUUCCGGCUUCUUUCUCCGCCGACGCCCUCCUCGGCAACCCCUUCGAACCCGGUUUCCCUUGGGAAAACCACGACCUCCCUUUUCUCUUUAACCAACAAGAUCAACCGCCUGUUGUCGCUCCUAUCGAACCGGAAUCGGUUAGUUCCAACUCCGUUUCACCCACCCAGAACCCAGCUCUGAGUUCCGGUUCGGCUGACUCGAACCGGAACGAUCCUAAGACCUCGUUAAGCUCCGGUUCUGACGACCAGGACCCGGAUAAAUUUAAUAAAAAACGGUCCGGGUGCAGUGAGACUGUUUUGGAUGAUCGAAAGCGCAGGCGUAUGAUGUCGAACCGGGAGUCGGCCCAGCGGUCCCGAAUGCGAAAACAGAAACACUUGGAGAAUCUGAGGAACCAAGCGAACCGGCUUAAGGUUGGGAACCGGGAACAAAUGAACCGGCUCCGGCUCAUUGUUUCCCAAACCCGGAUGUUCCGCGGCGAAAACGAACGCCUCCGUAACGAGGCAGUGGUGCUCCGGCAAAGACUCUGGGACAUUCGCCAAGUAUUGGUUGUCCGGCAGCUUCAGCAGAUUAUGAAUCCAAUGCAAAUGCUAAAUAAUCACCCCACUUUAUAAUGAGGAUUAAGUUAAUUAAUCGAUUAAUUACAAAAUCUAGCACAUGAAAAUCAAUCACUAGUAUUGAACUGGGUGUCCUCUCUCUCUCUCUCUGAUUUAGUGCAUGUGAAAAUUAGUUAUAUAUAGCUAAGUACGAGUAGAGGUAAUCGAAAUUGGUUGGUUCUGUUUAUUUAUCGGAAUCAGAGUCAAUUAUUUUGUAAUUAGAGAAUCGCUAGAGUUUGUGUGUUCUUUGUUAUUUUUAAUAUAUCUAUUAAAAUUACGGGUCCAAA